AUGUGGUCAGGACUUUAUAUGUUAAUUGGUUUAGUGGUGUGUAGCACAGCCUUACCCGAGGAAAGGAAUAGGGAACCCGUUUUCACUAUAGAUCAAAUACCAGAUUGGAUCAAUCAUGUUGGUUAUGUAGCGGAAACCCACCACGUGAUUACUCAUGAUGGGUACAUACUGGAGAUGCACAGGAUACCGUACGCGCAGUAUCAGACUACAUCCACUGCUAAAAGACCAGUGGCCUUCUUGAUGCAUGGACUGUUGGCAGCAUCCAACUCGUACAUAGCCCUUGGUCCACAAUAUAGUAUAGCUUACAAUUUGGCGGACGCCGGUUUUGACGUAUGGCUUGGAAAUGCCCGUGGUAACAGAUUAUCACGUCAUCAUGUGGCACUUGACCCUAAUCAUCCUCAGGAUAAGCUUAAAUUUUUUGACUUUAGUUUUGAGGAAAUUGGCAUGUAUGACGUUGCUCAGAUGAUUGACUAUGUUUUGGAGUAUACUGACGAAGAGAAGCUUCAUUAUGUGGGCCACUCGCAGGGAGGUACAGUGUUUCUUGUGAUGGCCUCCAUGUUGCCGGAAUAUAAUCAGAAAUUUACUUCCGUGCAACUUCUGGCCGGCGUCGGAUAUCAAGACUACUUCCCAAAUAUCCCAAUGCGAGCUGCGGCAAGAUUUACUAAUGUCAUACAUGCUGCAGCACUCACUUUUGGUAUUGUAGAAUUAUCAACGUCUAUGUUCAAUAGAACAGUCUCUUCAUCAACCGAAACAGUACCUGCUGACUGUGCUGGUGAUGAUAUUGAUGAGGAGUUUUUAUGUGAACUUAUGGCCAUUAAUGGAUAUUUGAUUGAUCUUACCCCUAUAAGAAUAUUGUACUAUAUGUUUGGUGGAGCUGCCUUGAAACAAAUAGCUCACUAUGGUCAAAACGUGAGAGACAAAUCAUUCAGACGUUGGAAUUACGGUACAAAAGGAAACAUUGAAGUCUAUGGAUCUAUUACACCACCUAUAUACAAUCUAAGUCUGAUAACGGCAAAUGUAACAAUGCAUUACACGAUCAACGAUAAUUUACUUGACGAAAGAGACGUCUUAGCUAUGGCAAAAGACAUGCCUAAUACAAGAGUCAGAAAAAUACCCAGAGACACUUUCUUACAUGUAGAUUUCGUGUUUGCUCGAGAUGUUAAAGAACAAUUAACUGAUUACAUGAUUGAAUCGAUGCUGUAUUUGGAAAAUGCAAACGAGCCAGGAACAGAUCCUGGACCAGGAGAAAUAAAUAAUUCAAGCGAAACUGAUGCAAGUAGUGUAGUAACGUUGAGUCUAAUUUUCAAAAUAUAUCUAUCUAUUUACACACUAUGGGUACUAUUAUAA